UGAACCGACGGGUCUGCGUUGGUGUUUUUUUCAUUUUUUUUUUCAGGCUAGGCCGUGUCGUCUUUAAUUGAAAACGGUACUUGAAUUGAGAUUGGAUGAGUAGCGAUUUAUUGCGGGGGCUGCAAGCCCUGCGUUAAAGCGAGCUUCGUUAAAUAUGUCGCUGUGAAAGUGCAUAUAAAGAGCGAUCGACAGGCGCCAGCUGCGACAAGCCGAUGUUUCUCAAGACUUCUUCGUGCCAACUAGUUGCACCGCCACAGAACUGUACAAUUCUACUGCGAGCCCAAUUCAAUAAGGGCAUGGUUGUACUGUGAGUGCUGUGCGUCGAUUGAAUUUGUGCGUCAGCGUCAAAAAUGUUUACGCGCGCAGCGAAGGAACUUCUGCGCAAUACCAUCAGCAGUGUCGACCAUCACAACAGGGUUCUAGAAGAACAAGAGAUGUGGCGCCAGUGGGAACUAGAGAGAGGUCUCACCAUGAUGGUGUCUGACGAGGCUCUUCGUGCGCGCCAACAUUCCCAGCGGUCCUUCCAGCGAGGAUCGAAGCGUCAACGGUCCCCUGAGCCAUCACUGCCAACAGCCAGUAGCAGUAGCUCUCAAGAAAGGUGGGGCCACAGUGGCUAUCGAGAACUCUACCCUGAGGAGUUCAGCCCCCCGAGAGAGAAGCGGCAGAGACGGUCCUCCAACCGGCGUCGCAAAGGAAAGUCGCAUCACCGCCAUCGAAAGUCACGCCACAAGAAGGCCUCCAGCCAGGAAGGUCGUCGCAGCCGGUCACGUCACCGCCACCAAUGCAGGGACUCCUCGACCAGUAGUAGCAGUUCAGACAGCAGUACUAACUCCUCAGACAGCAGUACCAGCUCCUCAGAGAGCAGUGAUGGUGAACUGGUCUGGGAAGAGCGCAAGACUUGAACUGCCAUGACGUGGUGAUACUGUGAAAAAAACUGUUACACACAUGGCUCUGUAUUGCAAUGGCUUGCGAAGUUCAAACAGAACAGCUUUCCGACCUUGAGCUGCAUGCAGUGGCCUGUGUGGCUCAUGAAUCUCCCGAGUGCCACUAGUUUUCUUUCCCCCACUCUGUUCUUUCUAUAGAAAGCCUUCCAAGUUUAUGGCUUGUGUUGUUCCCGUGACCAAGGAGCAAUAAAAUAAAAAUGUGGUGUACAAGGUUCCAUUGA